AUGUCUUAUGUCAAUUUGUAGUGUAUACACGAAUCACAAGAUAAUAAUUUACUAUGGAAUCACGGCGGGAAAAAGUCCCACUGGAUGGGCCUGGGCCCCACGGCGCGCCUGAAUGUUAUUACACGUCCCGCGUGCUAGACUCGACGUUCCGAUAUGCGAAGUUCGUGCGAAAGCUGAGGGCUCAGGAGGAAGAGGAACGCAAGGGCAGAGAGAACAAGCUUAAGGAGUUCAAAGACAAGCAGUACAGCGAUUUCUUCAUCAGCUGUGAUCGCAAGUCUCUACUUAACAAUGUGGUUCGCCGUGUUGAGUUAUGCAUGGAAUCCUACGAGGCUGAUCUGGCAAAGAAAAGACAAAGUCUAAAAGAGCUGUACGCCCGCGAAGAGGAAGAAAACAUCCGCAAGUUCGUGGCGCAAGUGCAGGCGGGAAGAGAAGCAGCGUGGCAGGCGAAGAAAGAGCGAUUAGCGUAUCUCAUCGAGAAGCGGAAGAAGGAACAUCAGGAGAAGUUCAAGGACACGCCUUUAUCUAAAUGUGCCCACGUGAUGCAUUGCAUCGUAAAACUUAGAGCGAUGGAAGCUCAGGACUUCCAGUUGUACCAGAUGAAGGAAAAUGCGGCGAAACGCGAGGCCGAGAAAGAACUUGACAAGAUGUGGUACAACGUCGCUAUGAAGGAGGCCGAUGCUUUGGCAGCUCGCAUGGAAUACGAAGCCAUACAGCGCGCGCGCCGUGACAUGGACUGCCACCGUUACUCCAUGUUCCAGAUAGAACAGAAUAAAAUCAAACAGGCACAGGAAAAGGAGAGGCUUAAGCAGGAGACCCUGUACUUCAGGGGGCUGUGGGACAAGGCUAUUAAGGACGAGGAGGAAGCGGAACGCCGUCGCGCAGAAGCGCGUCAUAAGACCGGCCACGACCGCGCAGUAGCCCUCGAAGAGCGAAAACUGACCCUGGAGAAACAAGCCCAUGAACAGCAGAUCAUACAGGACGCGUGGGCGACCUUGGGAGAACAGGGAAUGGCGCAAGAAAAAGCUAAAGCGGAGCUUAGGAAACGCAAGGAGCGUGAACAAGUCGAAUGCAACCGCAAGAUGAUCGAGCUCCGUGAAGACUUGCGCGCCUCCGAAUCAGCCAACGAGGACUUCAUACGCGACGUGGCGGCGCAGUACCAGAAGGUGACCGACGAGAGGCGCUGCCAGUACCUCAGCUGGUCGCAGAAGACCAACAGAGAAGUGCGCAAAGCCAUGAUAGACCAGAUCCACGACCGCAAGGAAGCUAAAGAAGAAUUGAAGAAGAAACUCCUGGAACAAGACGAGUACCACCGCCAGCUGUUCAACCAGCUGUCGCAACUCGCGGCACACAAGGACCUCACUGACGCUCAGCAGAGGAAGAAGCAUCAAGAAAAUCUGUUGAAGCAGAUCGAGUACAAUAAACUUCUCAAGGAGCGAGCUUUGCAAGAGGAGCAAGAACAGUUAAAGAAAUGUCAGCGCGCGACCGAGGAGUACAAUGAGGAAAUUAGAAACAUGCUGUGCCGGCCGUUCUUUAGCGAUAUGCAGCACCCGUUCCUGAGACAGAUGGCGGGCGGGGGCGGGCUGAAGAUGCGAGAAAAGUGCCCCUGCUCCAAACCGGACUAUUGCGCUGUUCCGGAUAAAAAGCCCAACUAA